ACAACAGUUGUGCGAAGACGAACGAACAAUGGCCGCUGCAGGAAGUACGAGUGCCGGUACAAUUUUGCAGAAACUCGGUUUAAAGCCGAUCACGAAAUGUAGUCUCGUCAAAUUUUACGCUCCCGCUUUCGGCGUUGCUUCGUACACCGCAUUAUCUAUCAACGUGAUGAAUCCGAGUCUUGUCAUCAGGGUCUUUCCAAAAAAAGAUAUUACAAACUUCUUAUUGGGAAGUGCUCUUCUUGGCACUGGCUCUUACAUAUACAGUCGUGAUCACAUGAAAAGUGCUUCUACAAGUGUAAAAGUUUUGUAUAGUACUGCUGGUGCUGUAUUACUGAGCUUUGGAUCAGUGUUAGUAUGGGCUGUACUUCGAUCCAUUGUACCACCUAAUCCAACUCUAUGUACAAUAAUUGGUAUUAGUUCUGGGCUUGCAUUCAUCAAAGUUGGUUCCAGUUAUCUAAACUUUGUUGAUAGUCAGAUACCAAAGAAGUAGAUUGAAAUAAGUUUUAUGAUUGACAUAUGAUCAAUGUAUAUCAAACGCAUCCAAACAAAAAAUUUGCAAUAAUAUAACAUAAAAUAGCAGAUUAUAUUGAAUUGAUAACAAAGAAAGAAAUUUACACACUAAGCAAGGAAUUCUUGAAAUUUUAUAAAUUUUUAUAUUUUCUAUGAUCUUUGCUCUAUAAAUGUCAGGAAAUAACAAAUCAAAUUAUGUUGAAAACAAUCAUGAAUUGCUUUUAUUUUGUAUUUGUUAAUUAUUUGCAAAUUCUAACAAUUACACAGAAGACAUAUAAAAUAAAAAUUUAAAUAUUAUUAAAAAUAUACCUCACAUUUUUUGUAUGUAUGAAAUUAUAAUUUAUAUGUUAAAAAAAAAGAAUAGGAAAAAAUGGAAGAAAAAUUUUGUUAACACGAACACAUUUUCCAAAACAUAUACCAUCUUUAUUCAAGUAAUUGAUUAGCAGUAGUGGUAGAAAUAUGCACAUUUUUUCAACAGUUUUAAUAAAUGUUGUACUAGAAAAAAAUUCAGAAGAUUUUAUAUUGUAAUAAGUUAUGUAGUAUUUGGAAUAAGCGUAAGUAUAACAAAUAAACAUGUUAUUGAGAAUUAGUUUCAAACUAGAACAAAGUGUGUAUGAUUUGCAAAAAUAUACAUGUGUGCACAAUAACAGAAAAUUGUAUUAUUUAUACAAUAAAUUCUGUUAUAAAUUUGAAUUGGCACAAUUUGACAACAUAUUUAUUUAUAAGAGAAAGGAAAAUCUUUUAGUUUGUUAUCAAAGCUUUUUUUAUUUUAUUAGUAAAUUUUGCAAUAUACAAAAUAUAUUUGUAUGACAAUGUGUGUACAUUUUACUUGUCGAAAGAUAACUGUAUGUACAAAUCAUGUUCAUAUACUAGCAUUCAUGCUAUAUUAUGUGAGUAAUGAUAAUAAAUAAAAAUCAACGUAAAGUAUUAAAAAUA